CUUCUUUCAGGAUGUUGGUCCGCUCGCCGCUAUUUUGCAGGGAGAAGCGUUAUUGCUGAGCAACGGAGGGAGAGAAGGCCGACGCGCAGAACUGCAGCAGCGGCAGGGCUGGGCUCCACACACACCUUCAACAGAAACACACACCCGAAAGGAAACGGGAUGGCCUAGCUGUGUUGUGUCAUCAGCAGUCAAUCAGCAGUGAGCUACCUGGACCAGAGGUGUGUACCCGAGGCAGCAGCAGGUUGCAGAGAUGAGUGUGACCUCGUGGUUCCUGGUGAGCAGCGGGGGGACGCGCCACCGACUCCCCCGGGAAAUGAUCUUUGUUGGCCGGGAUGACUGCGAACUCAUGCUACAGUCCCGCAGCGUGGAUAAACAGCAUGCAGUCAUCAACUACGAGGCUGGGACAGACGAACACAAGGUCAAGGACCUGGGCAGCCUGAAUGGGACCUUUGUAAAUGAUGUCCGCAUCCAGGAGCAGAUGUACAUCACUCUGAAGUUGGAGGACAAGCUGAGGUUUGGAUAUGAUACCAACCUGUUCACGGUGGUGAGAGGAGAGCUCACUGUGCCUGAGGAGGCUCUAAAGCAUGAAAAGUUCACCAGCGGCCUCCAGCUCAGCAAGAAACCGUCCAACAGUGAAACCACUACCACCAAAACCACAAGCAAGUCCCCCUCUAAGACCCCAACAAAGACUCUGAAGUCCCCCAGUGGCAGCACCGCAAGGCCAGCAGAGAGUAGAGCAACAGAUGGGGUCACUUCCUCCGAAGAGCCACCAGCUAAACCUGUGGACACUCACAAAGCAGAGGAGAGGAUAGGAGGGGAUGUUACAGCUCUGCCUCGUGGGACCCCCCUGUACGGUCAGCCGUCUUGGUGGGGGGAUGGGGAUGCAGAUGAUGAGAACUCCUUCAAACAGGAAACCAAGUCAUCCAGCAAAAAACAUGACAGCUCCAUUUCAGACAGCAAAGAGGCACGUCGAGGGGAGAAAGCUAAAGAGGACGGCCUUCAUGCGGCCACCGCCCAUGAUUCCAGUUACUUUGAGAUGCCUACCAAGGAGGGUCACAUCAGCAAUAACGGCAUCCAUGAGAUUCCCACCAAGGACACAGAGGGCACCACCACUCACACCAAUGCAGCUCAAGGUCACGCCUCCUUCACCAUAGAGUUUGACAACACUUCUCCAGGGAAAGUCACUAUUAAAGACCAUGUGUCAAAGUUCACCCCCGACCACCACAGAUCUCGCUCCAAAAAGAGUGGAGCAGGAAGUGGAGGAGCAGGAGGGAGGGACUUGAGCACACUGCAAGCCGCUAUGAUGGCAUCAGAGAGCAAGGUGGCUGAUUGGCUGGCCCAGAACGACCCCACUCUUGUGCGCAGUGAGUCAACGGAGGACGACAGCAAGAGCAUCAAGAGCGAUGUGCCAGUUCAUCUCAAAAGGCUAAAAGGUGAAGGCAGCAAGCAUGAUGAUGGCACCCAAAGUGACUCAGAGAAUGGACUGGGCCUUCGUUUUGCCAACCGCCGUCACGCCCUCGAGGAACGCCUAAAAGCAGCACACGGCCACGUGGGAGCAGGAGGGGGGAACAUAACUGUGAGCGGGUCCAAAACAAGUGGCAGCCGCACUGCCUUCAUGAUCGAGUUCUAUGACGAGGAAAACCAUCGCAAACGCCGGUCGUAUUCAUUUUCCCAGACUGCACCGCUGCAAGGGAUAGGAGCUGGUGGGGAGGGACUGUUUCCCCAGCCUCCCUCUCACCCCAAGGUGUUCAGCAUUUCCACCUCUGCUACUACAGCCUCAGACUCAGGAAAGGUCCCAGCUCCGAUACCGGCUACAGUGACUGCAGGUGCCCCUACGGCUGCACGCGUCCUUCUCAAGCAGCGGUCAGAGGACCCGAGUAUCGGUCGCAGCUCAGCCAGUACCGGGCUGGCGACAGGCAGCCCCACCAGCCCCAGUGAGGACGCCUCGGUCGUGGGGAGAGGAGGGGGAACUGCUGGAGGGGAGGCAGAGGACGACCACAGCGAUAAGGGGACCUACACCAUCGAACUGGAGAACAGGAAUGCAGAGGAAGAGGAGGCCAGGCGCAUGAUAGACAAGGUGUUUGGUGUCCAGCAGAACCAGGACUCCUCUAGUCUGUCAGAUCUGAAAGGAGAAGGAAAAGGAAAGGAGACAGGAGAGACGGGGAAAGAGGCUCUUCCUAGCGACUCGAGUUGGGUCUCUGAGUGGGCCAGUCUAGCUGCCAAUCACACCAGGACAGACCCAGAGGGCUCAGGAGCAGAAACAGCUGCCUUCCUCCACAAAGAGAGAGGAACUGAUGCCUUUGAGUCCGGUGCCUCCCUCAGCAGAGGAGAAUCCUCCUCCAGUCUGACUGACCGUAAGCGCAGGACCCUCCCCCAGCUCCCUGUGGAUGAUCCCCGGGCUAAAUCCAGCACCAAAGCUCUUGGACUGAGGUCCGAGAUUGGGGAGAAACAGGACACUGAACCCCAGGAGAAAGAGAACAAGGGAGACGGGGAGUCCCCGACUCCCAUGAGGGACAGUGAGAUGACCAGUAAACGUAAACAAAGCUCCACCUCUUCUCCAUCCAAGGCUCCUGUCCGGUCCUCUGGCAGCACUGAGCGGAGGAAGAAGUCUGAGGAGAGGAAAGGAGGAGGAGGAACAGGAGAAGUAGGAGAGAAGUCUGGGAAGCCUCUAGUGCGCCAGGGCAGCUUCACAAUUGAGAAGCCCAGCACUAAUGUCCCUGCAGAGCUCAUCCCACGCAUCAAUAGAGGCGGCAGUGGGCGCGAGCGCAGUGACUCUGUGGGCAGCAUGGAUACUGCUACGCUCCUGAAGGACACUGAAGCUGUCAUGGCAUUCCUGGAGGCCAAACUAAGAGAUGAAAACAAACUAGACCAGAAAAGUGGUAAAACUGGUGUCCCUCCUCGGACUGACUCCAUCUCUCCUGAGUCAGAUGUUGACACGGCCAGCACAGCUAGUCAUGUGGCUGGAGAGGCAGAGAGAAAAACAAUAGCUGGCGGCGAACAUAAACCACGUUCCUUCAGCAGCAUGCACCGGGAGAAGAGCAACAUGAGCACAGUUUCCAGGACCAGUGUCUCUAACGCAAGUGCCCGUGACCGCUUGGAGAGGAAGACUAAAACAAGAACUGUGGAGGCAAGCCGGACUGAUGCGCGGCGCUCUGUUCAGCCAUCCUCUGCCUCCUCCAGAGCACGCCAGCCUUCUCUAGAUCUCACUGAUGAUGACCAGACAUCUUCCUUCCCCAUCUCUGACAUCCUCUCCUCAGAUCAGGAGACCUACUCUGGACCUUUGGGGCGCUCAGCACACGGACGUGGCUCAGAUGAUGUUCUUCAUUCCAAACUUGAUAGCCGGUCUGCUAAAACCUCUAAAACGAGGAGCAGUGUCCAGGCAGCCACAACCUCCUCUCUGAGCAAGCAGGCCUCAUUGCCUCAGCCACGGCCCACAAGAGCCUCCCUUCUUCGCCGCGCCCGGCUGGGGGAUACCUCUGACACGGAUCUAGCUGAUGCAGACAGGGUGUCUGUGGCUUCUGAGGUGUCCACCACCAGCUCCACCUCGAGGCCGCCAUCUGGUCGAAAGGGACCGUCACGACUUGACAUGCUGGCUCAGCCGCGUAGGACCCGUCUGGGCUCCAUCUCAGCUCGCAGUGACUCCGAGUGUACAGUGACGCGGAGCUCCACCUCUUCACCCCGUCUGUCAGCUGAGACUGCUCUGCGUCUGGGCCUGCGCUCAUCAACACCAACAGAGAGCAGACUGACACCCAGGAUGAGGGCCAACAGCGUAUCCAAACUGAAUGAGGUCAAGAGUAAAACCACUACAUCUGGAUACUGCUCGCCCACAGAGAGCUCUCAGCUCGAACCUGAGGGCGGUGAUGGAGAGGAAGAGCUGAUGGUGUCCAGUAGCAGCAGGUGGAGACGUCUGCCGCCCGAGUACGGCUCCACCUCAGAGGAAGAGUUUGGCUCCAACAGGAAUUCUCCGAAGCACGGAGGACGCUCCCACAUGCGGCCUCAUCACCUCGCCCCACACCGCAGCUCGAGACUUAGCACCACCGCGAGCCCAGGCUCCGGUGUGGUAACGGGUCCGGGUGGAGGGGCAAUCAAACACCGCAUGAAAGAGCAAGAGGAGUACAUCAAGGACUGGACAGCACACAGCGAGGAGAUAGCAAGGUUAUUCCCCUGUGUGCGCAGGAUCAGCCAGGACCUGGCUAAGGACUUGGCUAUCUUGGCCCGUGAGAUCCACGAUGUGGCUGGCGAGAUCGACUCGGUCAGCUCAUCUGGCACGGCACCCAGCACCACCGUCAGCACCGCCGCCACCACCCCGGGAUCGGCCAUCGACACCCGGGAAGAGGUAGGCCCUGCACGUCCCACGCAGCCGGACAUACAGGAGAGCAUGAGAAAGUUGGUGGAUCGGGUGUUUGAUGAGAGCCUCAACUUCAAGAAGAUUCCGCCUGUGAUUACAACCAAUAAGGCGCCAGAGAUCAACGGCAAGCCGGUGGAGCUCCGCCCCCGUGCCCCUGACAGUCUGGAGCCCCGAGCUCUGAGGAGACGAACCUGGAACCGAGAGGAGGCAGUGUUGGACAGCCUGCUGCUCAAUUCCGUUUCUCAGCUGUCCACCAAGAUAAGACACUCCAUCGACAAAACAGCAGGAAAAAUCAGGAUAUUGUUUAAAGAUAAGGACAGGAACUGGGAGGAAAUUGAGAGUAAACUGCGAUCGGAGAGUGACGUUCCACUCCUGAAAACCUCCAACAAGGAAAUCUCCUCAAUUCUGCUUGAACUGAAGAGAGUUGACAAGCAGCUUCAAGUGAUCAAUGUGAUGGUAGACCCAGAUGGGACUCUGGACGCCCUGGCCAGCCUCGGCCUGACCAGCCCUACCACCCCUACCAAGCCCCAAACCGCCAAAACAACUUCCCCGUCUGCCACCAGCCCUGGGUCUGCGCCCCCAGCCAAAGAAUCACUGCCGGAGAUCCUUCCUGGGCCUGGAGGCUCAGCAGCCGUGGCCAGGGUUCAUGCUCCCCGCGCCAGCCCAGAGGAGACUGCUCGGGACCCCAGCGUGAGUCUCGGGUUAACAGGAGUCGGAGGACUGCCCUUCAACCGCAUGCGGCCGAGCGGAGAGGAGGCCAUCGCACAGAAGUGAACACAAAGUUUCCCUGAAAUCAAUGUUAUGUGAAUAAACAUGAGUCUCGAUUGCAGUGCAGGUAGCUGGUGAUCAGUUUUCACAAAUAAGAAGCAGGUGUGGAAACAUUUAAACCGUUGCCAUUGUGCUGACUACACCAGUAGAUUAUGGAUAUAAUAUAAACACAAUUUAGCUAGUGUUACCAGACCUGGAGGAAAUGAAGUGCUUCAACUGACAUAAACCCCCUGCUUAUGCGUCAUGAAUAUUCCCUUGAACAGAAAUUCACCCAUGAAUGAUUUGGAUAGAGUCAUUUUAUCAGCUUUUCAACUUUAAACUGUUCAUGCUUACUGGCCAACUUGACUUCCUGACGGACUGAAGGCUGCCUGGCUGCUCUCUCAGUGGACAGAUUCUCUGUGGUUGCACAGUCUCCACUCUCCUCCAGUCUUCUCCUCUUGCCUUCUCCAUGUGUCUGGACCCUACCUACACUAAGGACAUGCCUUAAAACACAUCCUCAAAAGUAGCAGCCCCUGUCCCCUCAAAUAAUAUACAGAACAACUAAGACUUGAAUACAGUACUUUCAGACAAACAGAAUGCAUUGUAAAAUAACACUUGCAAAAUAUGUUCUAUGGACACUAUAACUUAAAUACAGCACACUGCAGUUAUUUAUCAGCUCUUGUUCAGCAGCCUUAAGUAACCACCCUGACAAACCACACAGUCAUACAGACAUUAUUUAUGCCUGAAACUGUUCACAAAUCAAGCAGAAUUGCAGAUGUUUUAGAUAUGUCAUGACUCUAACCGUCCAUUGAUGCCUCUCUGAAACUGACUAUGUUAAAAAAGGAAUUGUAGUGCCCAUCUCUGUGCUCACUUAUUUCUACUUUACCCAUUAUGUUUCACUUUUUUCCUCCCUCCAUUUCUCUCCCCAGUAGUUGGAAAAAGUGUCACUCCAGUAGCAUGUACAAGACAGAGCUUAGAGCUUUCUUCCUGCAAGUUGGUGUCUGUGUUGAUCUUACUAAUUACUGAAUGGUAGUUUUACACGAAAAUAACAGCCUUUGGGAAACCAAUGAUCAUUUUCAGAUAAAUUAAUCACUUACCAAAGUUAACAAGUUUAUUAACAUUGUCGUUUUCAAACAGUUGAGCCAUCUUGAAAUUCAUGUUGUGCAAAAGCCUGAGACUCUGUAUUUAUCUUAAGUCUCUCCUUCCUCUGCAGUUCACCCUUUUUCUCUGAAUGUCAAGACAAUUUUUAGUUAAUUUAUUAUAAUAAAACCCUUUUUGCUACAGUACAUCCACCUAAGUGUUUUAUGAUUUCCAAUUGGCCUUUUUCUACUUUUUGCAGUCACAGGUGAUGUGAUAUGUCUUUAAACUAGCAAAGAUGAGCAAAGAAAUUAACAGUUUAAACUAAAUAUUUUAUAAUAUUUAGAUACUGGUAUUGUAGAUAUUGUAGACCUUUACUUUUUAAUGCUUUGAAUCCCCUUACAGUGAAUUUCAAUUUCUUUUUCUAUCAUUGCUGGAAUUGGUUUUAGUUAACGUCUUGUUAAAAAGAACACGGGCAACUAACAAGGAGGCCUUUUGUGGUUGAAAAUGUGUCUUUGAGGAACGUCAGUGAGUAGAAAUGAACAUGUUUGAAAGUUAGCUUCCCAUCUAUUUCAUGAAUUUUUGCUCGUAAUGUGGCUUCGUAUCAGUGUGUAUACAGUGGUGGUGGUGGGGAGGAGUUCCAGCAUACUGAUACUGUUGAAUUGCAGAGACAGUAUAGUUAACCUUUCUUAUUGACUUUGCUGCUUUUCUAGUUACUUAAUGGGGACUAACCAUUUUCUGAAUCUCUCUCUUUAGCGUAUAGUCUGUGUUCUAGAGUAAUAUGACUUAAACUUAAAGACAGUGUAUUAGUACUUAGAUACUCUUGCAAUAGUGAAUUUAGGUACCAGAAUACAGUACAUGUUCAUUUCCUUCUCUCUAUACUGUACAAUGUUUUUUAAUGCCUCAAAGUGCCCAUUUUGACUAUAGAAGGGCAUUGAUUAAAAGAAAAGAAAAAUACAUAGUUGUCUAAAAGAUUUCUCUUAUUUUGCACAUCAGAUUGUAGUGUUUUUCAUACAGACGUAGUAAAGAAGCAGCGAAAGGCUGCAUCAAAUGUCAAAUGGUUUAACAGAGAAUGAUAUUAGACGUGACUGCCUUGCCUCUCUGGAACUAUUCUUUCUCUACAAACGAAGCCUAUAAUCUCUAAAAAUGUUUUUUUUCCUCCCCCGUUUUAUCAAAAGAAAUUAAAUUAGGGGACUGUGAAUGCUAGGUACAUGUUUAUUUUUUAAUUCUACAUGUGUCAUCUAAUCAGUGUUCUUUGUCAUUUUUGUAAAGAAAAAACACCAUUUUAUUUAUUUUUUGUUUAAUAUUUUGUGGAUGUUUCAUGCAUUUUAUAUUUGUUCCACUAUCUGCAUUGUUUGUUACUGUUAAUAAAACAGAGCCAUUCACUUGUU